GAGCGCGGCACCGCGCACUUAGUCCGUUGGAGACCUGCGCCACGCCAGACCUGCUGCUGCUGCUGCUGCGGCGCGCGCUCUCCUCUGAUUCCAAACUGGAUUCCCGGAGCUCGUCGCCAUGCAUGCCCGGGUUUAGGUUCUCCAUGGAGCUCUCCAACCUGUACGAGGUCGCGCCCCGGCCCCCGAUGAGUCUGAGCCACGGCCAGCAGCCCUCCUCCGGCUACAGAGAGCCGGCAGACCUCGGUGGAGACAUCGGAGACAACGAGACCUCCAUCGACCUGAGCGCCUACAUCGACCCGUCCGCGUUCAACGACGACUUCCUGGCCGACUUGUUCCACCACAGCUCCAGGCAGGACAAGCUCAAGAUGAUGAGUGGAGAGUUCGAGUCCGGGUCGUGCGCUCCGGGACCCCAGCAACUCUACAUGUCCAACUACAUGGAGUCCAAGCUGGACCCGUUCUACGAGCACAAUCAGCCGCGGAUCCGACCGGUGGCCAUCAAGCAGGAGCCGCGGGACGACGAGGACAUGAACCCGGCCGUGGCCGCCUCCUACCACCACCCGCAGCAGUACUCCCAGCAUGCGCAGCAGCAGCAGAUGCCGCACCUCCAGUACCAGAUUGCGCACUGCGCGCAGACCACAAUGCACCUCCAGCCGGGUCACCCCACGCCCCCGCCGACCCCGGUGCCCAGCCCGCACCACCACCAGCACCACCCGCACCCGCUGCAGGGCGGCCUCAAGCUGCUGGAGCAGCGCGGAGCGGGAAAGCCGAAGAAGCACGUGGACAAGAGCAGCCCGGAGUACCGGAUGCGGCGCGAGCGCAACAACGUGGCGGUGCGCAAGAGCCGAGACAAGGCCAAGAUGCGCAACUUGGAGACGCAGCAGAAGGUGGUGGAGCUGACCGCCGACAACGACAGACUGAGGCGGAGGGUGGAGCACCUGACCCGGGAGCUGGACACGUUACGGGGCAUCUUCAGACAACUUCCGGACGGCUCGUUCAAAGCCUGCAGCUGAGAGAGCGAAGCGCAUCCGGACCCGGACUGAUGAUUUACUGCUGGAUUUAUGUGGGGGCACUGAGGCAGCUGAGGCGCUCACUGAG